UCGCGCUCAAGUGGUUCACCACGUCAACCACUGCACCACCGACGAGCCUAGCUACUUUCACUUUUCCUUUCUUCAUCACACAACAGCUUCCAGGCUCCAGCUUUUGUUGUUGUGGUGCACCCUGUCUCUGUGUUUCAGGAUCAAAGUAGCUCAAAGAUUUUAUUUUCUUUUGCACCUCUUGGAAACCGUCUGGACGGCGCACCUCGAUUCCCACCAUGGUGCACCCUUCAACAUGACCUUCCCCGCAAUUCCUCGCCGUCCUCCGUGCCUAAUCCCCUAGACUAUUGAUUACCGGACGCCGCGUUCCGCCCGCCUCGUACUCUUCCGCUGCUCAGGCCCCUUGGCUGCCCCGGUGUCGUGUGUCUCGUCCCCCAUCUGGGUGACCGAUCCCGCAACUCGGAACAGCCGAUACGCGAUCACCCAACACCGCUCACCAUGGCCUACUUCUUCAAGUCCUUCCGCAGCUCGCUGAUGCCCAAGCAGCUGCUGCGGUUCGCCUUGUCCCGUCUGGAGAUCCUCGAUGCCGGCGCCCUCGAUCUGGAGAACCUUGACUUUGCCUUAGGCCGGAAUACUGUCCUGGAGUUUCGAGAUGUCGGCCUUGUGCUUCAGAAACUCGAAAGGCUCUUGGAGCUUCCCGCAGCCUUCUCGCUCCAGAAGGCCAGGGUGCUGGUCCUACGAGUCACGAUUCCCAUGGACUUUUACACCAGUCCGAUCACGGCCGAGGUAGAUGGCGUGGAUAUCAGCUUGAAGGUGGCCUCCAAGCCUGAGAACGAUCAGCAGCACUCUCGGAAACGCAGGAAAGGAGCUGGCGCCGACGAUGCUGUGCCGACAGCUGCAGACCUCGCCCAGUCGUUCUUGCAAACACAACCGGUAGAAGAGACUAAGGAACUCGAGGAGGCGCUGAUGGCAGAAACCCAAGACCUCGGGGCUUCCGUGGCUAUCAGCGAACCAGAGAGCGACGAUGGCUCAACAUUCGGUACCGGUCAGGCGCUGUCGCUACCCGCCUUCUUGACCGACUUCCUGCAGGGUAUCGUGGAUAGGAUGCAGGUCAAGAUUCGCGGGGUGACAUUCCAGGUCAACUUGGAGGUGCCGGUAGCCGCCAAUGCACCUACGCCCGAGCUGGUAACGUUCCAGCUAGCAAUGGACAACAUUAGUGUGGAAGGUGUGACGACUCCGGGCCAGGCGGCGGAGGGAGGUCCCACCAUCGUACCCAAAGACGGCAAGCGGCAUAUUCUGUUAGACAACAUUCGAGCAUUUUUGAUCUCCGAGGCAAACGUGCUCUCGUCUUUGGCACCGUCUCCGUCGAUGCCCGCUUCUGUGGCCUCGCAAUCGCCUUCGACAGCUGAAGCGCCCACCUUCCCAGACCUGGGUACGGGGUUUAAAGGGGACGCUGCUUCUGAUCCAAUGGCCGACUCAGAUUACCUUGCUCAGAGCACAUAUCCGCUGCAGGACAGCGAAGACGCUUUCAACAUUCCCUACGAUGUAGAGGAGGACAAAGACGAGCGGAAGACCGGAGACGCGGUGGAACCAUCAUCAUCUCUAUCCACUCCCAGGGCUUCAGUCUAUCAGGAUUCGAUUCAUCAAGACUUUGUCCAGGGCUCCGUACAUGAUGAGGGGUUCGAGGGGUCCGUCCCUCACGGCUCAGUUGAUGGCUCAACUUGCCAUGGCUUUUCCCCGCCCGCCGUUCGGCAACAGGCAAAAUCCACAGUCGUAGAGGCCGCGCCCUUGCCCUGGUCUACGCUUGGGAGGGAGGCACAAUCAGAGCCCUUCCUUCGCCCACCGCUUGAUUUCUCCCCGCCGAAAACGCCAUCUCCACAAGCUUCAGUCCACUCCGCGUCCGCGAGCAGUAGCUCUAGCGGUGUCGGAGCAGAGGACUUAACACAGACGCAUCUGUACAGUCACGAGGAAGCUGAAAGCAUGUACAUGAGCGCUUUUUCACAAGCUGAGUCCGACAAGCUUCGAGGCUCCAUGCCCGGGUCGUGGGAUGCCGACGAAGUGGCCCCCAGCGCCAAAUCCUCGCCAGAGAGAACCGUUGCUGAUUCGACCACAUCGUCUGGCGCAACUUCUAGCUCGCCUGAACAUGAUGACUCUAACUCGGACGGCGAGGAUAGUAGUAAUCUUGUUGGACGCUCCCCACAGCAUCCUACAACGGAUCGGCUUGCGACACUUGAGAACUCGAACCACCUAGACGCUGACGACGAUGCAGUCUACCAGCACACACAGCAUCCUGCUACUCAAGACGAGCCCGAGGCUCCGCAGGAAGACAUCCCAACGCCGCGUGGACCGACUCGCUUAGUCAAAGAAAUCCUGUCCUUGAGCUCCGUUUCCAUCUACCUCCCCUCAACCCACGGACAUAUCCAGGUCACCGCCGAUCUUGGGAAGUCAAUACCGCAGAAUCUUCCCGGGGCAUUCUCGAUUCAUUCCGCAACUGCUACGAGUCCCAGCUUCCUUCCUAUUGGCGAUCAUGGGACAGAGAAGGCGCCCCUUGACAAGUCCAUCGAGAUUAUACUCAAGCCCUUGGAUGUCCGCUUUGAUGCAUCAAUCGGGUUUCUCCUGACCAUGGUAAUCACUCGCCUUUUGGAAGCUGUGCAAGGCCAGCCAAGCGAGUCCUCUGCUUCAGCACCUUCUAAGCCCAGUUCAACUGCUUCGGAGAUCAAACUUUCCGCCGAGCAGCUAUCGAUACACUUCCUGGAGACACUUGCAGGCGUUGCGGACACCGCCGAGAGACUACUAGACAAGCGGACGGCCGACUUCAGCUCUGAUGUGCUGCUUCAGGCACAGAUCGUGGAUCUACAAGGUUCAAUAUCUAUCUCAGACUCUCAGACGGACGCCAGCAUCGGCGUCGAGAGGUUCCGAUUUGGGUACGCUAAUGACGAUAUCAUCUCGUUUGACCGCUCAGUUCAAUUGUUUGAAUCGGUAGUGCGCACGGUACCCUCAUCCGGGCAGGACAUUUCAGUAAAGGUCACGUCCGGCCCGGAGAUAUCGCGAGUCGAGAUUAGCACAUUGCCUCUCCACGUCAAGCUGGAUCUCCCGCGGCUGGACGAGACAUUUAGUUGGUUCGGGGGGCUCAGCAGCUUUCUUAAUAUGGGUUCCUCAGUCACCUCAAGCACUCCGAAAGUAGCUAAGUCUGCUGCCAAGUCUGCUCAAAAGCCGAGAGGCGUUCGAUUUGAAGCACUCGUCGAGUCGGAUGAUCGGACCGCGUCCAAGGAGAAUAAAACUGAUUUGCGAAUCAACGGCAUUCUCUUGGACGUCGUCGGAAAGGACUGCAGUCUCACACUAAAUUCCAGUGCUCUUAAGCUUGUUAGCAGAGAAAAGGGAAUUGGCAUCCAUUUGAGCAGGAUACGGCUGUCUGGUCCACACAUCAGGAACUCCAGAGCUGAUGCUCCUAUCGUCGCCGAGAUCGUCGAUACUCGGCUUGACUAUGCCAUGCCUCGAACCCAGGACCUGGAGAGGCUACUCGAGUUAAUCACUCCAUCAAAGAUCAAGUUUGAUGAGAAUGAGGAUGAGAUCAUGGUGGAUACGCUCCUCAGGCAGCGCAAGAAAGGGCCGGUGCUAUCCUUGACGGUUGGGAAAGUUAGAGUCGACGCUAGCAGCCUCCAGCAACUCAGCUGCCUCCCCAGUCUAGCUGAUGAUCUCGCCAAGCUUGGGACUGUUGCCAAGUAUCUCCCUGAAGAUGACCGGCCAGGCUUGCUGACGCUGUGCCAUGUCAAAGACAUCGAGAGCAGUAUUGAGCUGGGUGGCCGGUUAGGUGUUAUUCAAGUAUCUCUCAUCGACCUCGUGGUAGCACAUAUCACGGUGCCUGCCUUGGUUGCGGUCGCCGUCGGCGGCGCUGCAGUCACACGCAACAAGAUCGAGGAGCUCGUGGGAACGGCGCCGGUACCUGCAACCGCGUCAUCUCAGAAACCGCCUGUCGUUAUGAUGCGCUUGAUUGAUGAUAUUGAGCCGGUCCUCAAAGUCAACCUGAUCGGACUGAGCUUGGAGUAUCGAGUACCCACCAUCAUGGACGUGCUUGAUCUCGCCGAGGAUGCCACCCCGCAAGAUUUUGAGGCCAGCCUUGCCGCCUCGGUUGCCAACCUGGGUGACCAGGCGCAUGCUGCAAUCAAACGAGUCCCUUCAGCGCCGCUCUCCUCAGUGGAGCAGGUUAAAGCCUCCAAGGCGAUUAAGGUGGACGUCGCCUUCCGCGAUUGCCUCAUCGGUCUCAACCCCCUCGGAAUACCGUCGAAGCUCACCGUUGUACUCACCGAGUCCCACCUCGAGGUUACGCCUGGGAAAUGUGACAGGCUCGAUGCAGCCGCAACCAUGAAUAAAGCGUCUGUCCUUCUGGUCGAUGAUAUCUCGAUCCUCGAGUCGACUGGGGCGCCGUUUGCGUCAACACGGCGCCCACAGAUAGCUCCGUCCCCGCAAGUUACCGAGCUUUGCUCCAAGGGAUACGUCAAUAUCUGCCAAAUCUCUUCAGCGAGAGCGGCGGUGAGAGUCUUCAGACACGAGGAUGAGGGGACGCAGUUGGAGGUUGAAGUACGCGAUGAUCUACUGGUUCUUGAGACAUGCGCGGAUUCUACGCAAACACUCAUUGCUUUGGCCAAUGCGCUGAAGCCGCCUACACCACCGAGCAAAGAGAUCAAGUACAGAACUUCAGUGGUUCCCGUUCAGGACCUCUUGGCGUCGAUUACCGCAGAUGCGUUCGGUCGGGCCGAAGGGGAUUACGACUUUGAUAAUGACUUUGCAAUUGCUGACGAACUAGCUGGGCCUGUGCCCGAAGAUGCCGGCAGCGAGGACGACUUCUACGGUGGGCAGAGUGACAGCCCGCUUGACCUUCAUUCGCAGUACUACGAGGAAGCGGCAGUGCAGGAGGAGUUGUUUGACGCCACCAACCAGUCGGUCGUAGCGGAAGGGCCCAAGAUUGAGGAUACCAGUGACGGUGUCCUUCUCAGCACCGCCAGCCUUGGUACAGGGAGCAGCAUCUCUAUCCACGACGACUAUUUCGAGCAAAGGCUCGCCGUCCAGGGCACAGCGCACCGGUGGAAUUCGAAGAAAAACACGUACGACAAUUCCAACGAUUCCAAGGUUCAACGCAGCCCAUUGAAGGUUUCCGUUCGCGACGUCCAUGUCAUCUGGCACUUGUUUGAUGGCUAUGACUGGGCUCGCACCCGCGAAGUCAUUGCCAAGGCGGUUCAAGAUGUAGAGGCAAAAGCAUACGAGCGACGGGCUCGCGCAGGGCGCAGGGGCGAUUAUGAGCAGGAUCCCGAUGAAGACGAAACCGUGAUUGGUGACUUCCUUUUUAAUUCUAUUUACAUCGGUAUUCCGGCAAAUCGCGACCCGAAAGAGCUGGCGCAGGCCAUCAACCAGGACUUGCAGGACGUGGAGACGGCUUCGGUUGCUACCACGGCCGUGACCACCACGACAGUCCGGGCGCCAGGCCAGCACCGCCGAUCGAAGAGCCUCAAGCUGAACAGAAGCAAGCGCCACAAGAUUACAUUCGAACUCACAGGGGUGAAUGUGGACCUGGUGAUCUUCCCACCCGACUCGGGAGAAACGGUGAGCUCUAUCGAUCUCAAAGUUCGCGACCUCGAUAUCUUCGACCACGUUCCGGAAUCGACCUGGAAGAAAUUUGCCAUGUAUGACUUUGACGCUGGGGAGCGAGAACUCGGCGCGAGCAUGGUCCAUAUCGAGCUUCUUAACACCAAGCCGGUGCCAUCCAUGCCAGCCUCGGAGAUUGUCAUGAACGUCAACAUCCUUCCCCUACGACUGCAUGUCGACCAAGACGCGCUCGACUUUAUCACGAGGUUCUUUGAAUUCAAGGAUGAAUCCGUACCAAUCCAUGCAUCCCAAAGCGACGUGCCUUUCAUACAGCGAGUCGAGGUCAAGGAUAUCCCUGUCAAGCUCGACUUCAAGCCGAAGCGGGUUGACUACGCCGGGCUGCGCUCGGGCCACACGACGGAGUUUAUGAACUUCAUGAUCCUCGAGGACGCCCGAAUGGUGCUCCGGCGCGUCAUCUUGUACGGCGUGUCCGGAUUUGACCGGCUCGGCAAGCAGCUCAACGACGUUUGGAUGGACGAUGUCAAGCGGACGCAGUUGCCCGGCAUCCUUGCCGGCCUGGCGCCGGUGCGGUCCCUAGUCAACGCCGGCAGUGGCUUCAGGGACUUGAUUGAGAUACCGAUCAGGGAGUAUCGCAAGGACGGCCGAAUUGUGCGAAGCGUCAGGAAGGGCGCGACGGCGUUUGCCAAGACGACGGGAACCGAGGUGGUCAAGCUGGGGGCCAAGCUGGCGAUUGGGACGCAGAACGUUUUGCAAGGCGCCGAGGGCCUGUUUGUGGCGAACCCGUCUGGAGAGGGCAGCAGCUCGGCGGCGGGCGAGGAAUGGGAAGACACCGAGUACGACGAGGAGCGCCACAGAAAGAUCAGCCCGUACGCGCACCAGCCCCUGGGCAUCUUCCAGGGCGUCAGGGGCGCGUAUGCGAGUCUUGCAAGGGACCUGUCCAUGGCCAGGGACGCCAUCAUUGCUGUGCCGGCCGAGGUCAUGGAGAGCCAGAGCGCUCAGGGGGCGGCGAAGGCGGUGCUGAAAAAGGCACCCACCAUCAUCUUCCGGCCGGCGAUUGGCGCUACUAAGGCCAUCGGGCAGACGCUGCUGGGUGCUACCAACUCGCUGGACCCGCAGAACAGGAGGCGUGCGGAGGCGAAAUACAAGAAGUACUGAGUGCCACGACACGAGCUGCAUGCGCAGAAAGGUAUCGCAACUGCUAGUGCAGGAGUUGAGUGAUAGGACGAGCAUGACCAAGAUACCAUCAAGCAUACUGGAUCAGGUCAAAUCAGAUGCCACGACUUCUUCUCAUGAUAUUACUAUCCAUCCAGAUUCGAACAUACGAGAGAGGAGUUUUUGCUUUCUUUUUACUAUGUUUUUGCCUCAGGCCAAUGGACAUCAACAUCAUUAGGAACGGCGCUGUCGCAUUAUUCUUCAUUCUUGAUUCAUGAUGGUACGCCUGCAUUGCAUUCAAUUUCUGCAUUUUGUUCCCUUUUAGAUCGGGGCCGGCGCCGGGAG